UGUAUGCAACCUGUGAUGAGGUUGUGAGUAACUUUUACUUCAUAAGUAAAGGAAUCCCUGCUGUAGAUGAGUAUGAUUUUAUUUGAUCAAAUAAAAAAAACAAGGCUGGUUUAAAAAAUAAAUAUAUGCACAGCUUAUGUAGGCCAUAUUUCUCACUUGAGAACCUCCCUCCUGCUAAACCGGUUAGACUGUUGUUUUCCCGUCAACAAAACGGAAACUUUAUAACCGGUUCUUCCAAUAACUCGUGAACUAACUAAUGCAGGUUCCGUUUUUUGUUUUUGACACGAUAUUUAAUGUUUGAAGUGCAGAUUUGAAGUUUAGACCGAGUCUGCAAUUAUGAAGAUCUGCAGCCAAGACAUGAAGCGCUCGGCUCUCUUACUCCUGAUGAUCAACAGCUUCUGUGCCUUUUCACAAAGUCCCAGAGAAUUUGUCUAUGUCGUGGGCUGCUUUGAAAACGGGACAACGGAAAUACAUGCAGAGCUUGAUGCUGAGGAGAUUCUAUACGCGGAUUUUGACAGAUCUGAGCUUGUUUACACUGUGCCUAGAUUAUUUGUGGAUGACCCAGCUAAAAUAUUUGAAGGUAAAUUUCCAUUUAAAAAUGCUUUGAGAAACAAGAAGGCGUGUAUAGCAUUGUUGGAAUUCACCAUAAUGGAGGAGAAAAAUCCACCAGAAGAAACAGACCCCCCUGAGAGCGUGCUCUACCCUGCAGAAGAAGUUGAGUUGGGAGUUGAAAACAGCCUCGUCUGCUUUGUGAAUCAUUUCUACCCACCUGAUAUCAAAGUCAGCUGGACCAGAAAUGGUCGUCAUGUGUCAGAGGGGGUGUCACUCAGUCGAUAUUAUCCCAAUAAUGAUCAAACCUUCCACCAGUUCUCUACCCUGACAUUCACACCGAGGGAAGGGGAACACUACAGCUGCACUGUGGAGCACUUAGCCCUGGACAGGCCUGCUACAAGGAUCUGGGAAACUGACUUCAGUCAUCGCAGUCUUGGACCAAAUGUUUACUGUGGAGUGGGCCUGACUCUGGGCUUGUUGGGAGUCACAGCUGGAACCUUUUUAAUGGUUAAGAGACAUCAUGGACAGUAAUCUCUCUGUUUUAGAGAGAGUAUACACAUGAAAUGAUGAUGAUGAUACACAUACAUUUUACACAGACAAUAAUCUUGAAGUGCACCAUUUAUCGUCUUCUAAACCUCAAUUUGGCUUCGAGAGAGGUAUAAAUUUCAGGCCUGCUGUGGCUCAUACAAGAACAAAUUAAAUCAAGAGUUUAAGAGUGGAAAAAGUAUAAAGUUCAAAUAAAAUGUCCUCAACACACUCAAAGAAGAAAUAAAGUUCAUGAGCUGUGUGUGUGUCAUUUACAUGUGAACACACCUUAACAUACUGUACAUAUGCUAGAUUAUGUUUUACUUUGAAGAGAGACUAUGUUACUUUUAAAAGAAGAUACAACAGUCUAUCUCUUGAAAAAGAAGCAAUAAAACCUUUCUCUGCAGCCUCGCUUGGUCUGAUAUGACCAGUAGAUCAUUGUGGCUAAUGCUAGCUAACAGCAAACUUUAAACAGAUAUUGUAUGACUGACAUUACUGAAUGUCGAGAAGUAUUUUUGAUUUACACAUUGAAGAAAGAGGCUAAUGGGCUAAAUGAAGAUUUUAGUUGAAUGAUUUCUUUAUAAUUAAUUUAUUGGUGUUUCUGUUACUACAAUGUUGCUUAUUCAAACAAUUGCCAUGUAACAUGUUGUCUGCCUGGUUCACUGUUAUCUGUAACUUUAAUAUAUGUUAAAAAAUAUAGAGGUUUCAAUUGAACAGUUUAGUUAGUGUAAACAGAGCUUCUCUUCUACCAGCUACACAAUAAAAAUGUCUUGCACUAUAAUGCAUCAGUAAUGAAAAUACAAUAAUGUAAUAUAUAAUAAUAUAACUCUGACAUGGGCCAUUCUGCUGCACAAUAAGUGCUUUACUUUUGAUCAUUGAAGUACAUUUUUCUGAUAAGACUUAUACUCAAGAAACAUUUUGUAUUCAGGACUUUUACUUGUAAUGGAGUACAAUAUAUGUUUGUAGUGUAGUAUUAUCUGAAUGUUUUUACAUCACUGGCAAAACAUUUAAAUGCACUUUAUAAACAUGUGUAACUAUACAAAAUAUAAAUGAAUCAUUUGUGAUGCUCACUGUUGUCUUCUUGAGAAUUUAACAAGUAGAUUUUUCACUGUGCUGUGCGGCCAUUAUUCAUAAAGU